AUGUCAGCUCUUCAUGAAGCUCUCAAAUCGCUGGGCGCUGUGAAGUACGACGAUACCCCUACUGAUAAUUUAAAACCAUUUCUAUCAGAUGCAUUCAACAGCGCUCAAUUGAUAAUCGAUUCAGUCCCCAUACCCGACAUUAUUGAAUCUUCCAACAGUCGUCCGCGAUCGAACACAACAUUCUCAGUUGCAUCCUCAGCAUCCGAAAUCUCCGCAUCCAAUGCUAGAUCUCCGCCCCCACCUCACGAUAUCGAAUCUCUUCAGAAGGAGUGGAAACAAAUAAAACUAAAACCGGCUGAUAAUCCACUGGGUAUAAGUGUAUAUUCUUGUAAGGGAAAGGAUGGAAAGGGCACUUGGUUUGCGAGGAGGAGUGUACAUGAGGGACUAGGAUUUACAAAAUGGAAGAGAGGUUUAGAGAGGGAAUUUCCAGAAACCCUAAAGGUUCAGGGGGGUCCAGGUGAAGGUAAUAUUAGAGGUAUUGGUGGAGAGAAGAGGGUAGCGUAUAACAAUGUUGCUGGGGCUGGGAAAAUGGAAGUAUAUCUCCUAUCAGCACAAUUUCCAGGACCAACCACCCCGAGAGAUUUUGUCACCAUGUUCAUUUCCUCAGAUCAAGCGCUUAAAGAACAAAAUAACAACGAAAUACCCCGCCAUUUCAUGGUAAUAUCGAGACCAUGUCAACAUCCAGAUACUCCAUCGCGUGAUGGAUAUAUAAGAGGAUAUUAUGAAUCUGUUGAAUUUAUUCGAGAAAUCCCAAUUAACAAACCGCCUCCCAGGAAAUCAGCAUCUUCAUCUGAUCUUACAAAGGGACAUGCAAGAGAUGGGUCCGCUUCAAAUUUAGGCAAGGAGGCCGUUUUAAGGAAUGCUCAUCAAAAGCAUGAUUCAUCCAGUACAGAGGAAGAAAGAGAGGAAAUUCAUAAACAAGCUUCACGUUCUGAUAGUAAUCUGGCUCAAGCUAUAAAGGAGGAGAAGUCGUCUGUACCAAGUGAGGAUGAUGAAUGGGAACAAAAUCCCAUUGAGUGGAUUAUGGUUACCAGAAGUGAUCCUGGUGGGGGUAUACCACGAUUUAUGAUUGAUCGUGGAACACCAUCGGCUAUUGUUUCGGAUGCAGGUAAAUUCUUGGACUGGGCAUGUUCGAAAACAAUCGAGGAUUUGGAUAGUGAUGAUGAUGAACCUGCUGGAGAACUUGUUGGAGAAAAUGACACAGCGAGGCCGGAAAAACGUGAACAUCGGCAUCGCCAUCACCAUAAUCACGAAAAAGAUCUACAUAAUUACCAAACCAACGGUCAUCUUGCGGGUAUAGAUAGUCACGGAGAAAAGUCUACACCUGUGGCUGCAAGGUCUACAGUGCCGACACAACAGCAGCCACCCGCAAAUGGUGGUGGAAUAUACGACAUGGUAGCAGGAGUAGCAACUACGGCCGGUGCUUUAAUCGCUCCAUAUGCACCAGCAAUGAUUGCGGAUCGUCUCCCUCAUGCCACUGAAUCUCCCUCAGCUCAAAACCCCGGUCCUCUACAACUUACUAGCGAACAAACUUCUGCUCAAACUUCCGCUCCCAUUACUCGCUCUCGAUCAUUAUCCACCUCAUCUAUUUCUAGUGAAUCCACCGUCGAUAGUUUUGAAUCAGCUCUGUCCUUCCGAAAAGUAUCAUCACAAGAUUCAGCUGCAGUUGAAAAGGUAAAUUUACAACAGGAUAAAGAGCUCCAGAAACUCGAGGAUAAGAAACGAAAACUUUACGAAAAAUUGGAGAAAGCGAAACAAAAAGAAGCGGAUAAGAAAAGUGAAGAUGGUGAGAAAGAGAAAGAAGCAAUUCGUAAAGCGGAAGAGAAACAUGAGAGAGAGGUCAAGAAGAUAGAAGAGAAACAUAAGAAGGAAAUGGAGAAAUUGGAGAGGAGAAGAUUGAGGGAGGAACAGAAACAAGAGGAGAAAAAGAAGAAGAGAGAAGAAAAGGAAAAGGGAGAGGAGUUGCAACAGAUUAAUGCCAGUUUGAGGGCGGAGAUUGAAGUAUUGAAGAGGGAAAGAGAGGUUCUGAGAGAUCAAGUGGGUAGUGUACAGAGAGAAAAUACACUCUUAGUGGGAAGGAUGGGGAGAUUGGGAAUACCCGGAGAGGAAGUUUUGAGGGAGGUGAGAGAAGAGUUGACGGGAAACUUGAAGGGAGCGGGGAGGAAGAGAGGAAGUAGUAUGGGGAGUGCGAGUGGCAGUCAGAGGGGUGGUGUUGGUGCGAAGAGCGGGUUGGGUAUGGGGAGUAAGAUUGCGGGAGAGGGUGCUAGGGUUAGUGUGGACAGUGAGAAGCCGGUUGUUAUACCAGUGGUAGGGGAUAGAAAGGGAGAAGUUUUAGCAAAUGAGUGA